AUGCCGACCCUGGACGAGGGGGCCUGGCGGACCGGCAACUGGGAGGCGACCCCAAUCGUGGGCUCCAGAUUCCUGGCGCCACACCGGACCGCCAGCAACGUACCAGCGGAGGUCCCGGGGGGCCUAGUCCCGGAGGCCCGGCCCCCAGCGGGAAAGGGAAAGAGAGGGUGCCGGUGCCGGAGCACCGGCAGAAGGACAAUAUGCACCAACUGGGGGACCGGCCCCCAGCCAGCGCCGGAGUCCUCGGCGUCGGCUCCAGCAGGGCCUCCGCCAGGGUCAGCUCCAGAAGCUUCCGGACCCAGGGGUCCGGAGCCGGAGGCCACGACACUGCUACGACCCGAAGCUGCCCCCCAAGAGGAGAAGGCCGCCAGACCUGCUGCUGCGACCGAGACACCGGCAGCAGCACCAAGCGUCAAGGCCGGGCCCCCUCCUACUGAGCCAGCAGCAGAGGGGGCCGCUGCCACGGCGGAGGCAGCAACGCCGAAGGCUGCGGAGCCGGAGGCAGCGGCACCGGAGGCAGCAGCGCCAGGGACAGCAGCACCAGAGGCUGCGGAGGCGGCAGAGGCAGCAGCACCGGAGGCCGCUGAGGUUGCCAGCACCGCCGCACCACCAACGGAGGAGGAGGAGCUAGAGUGGGAGAAGCUGGAGGCGGAGCGUCUCCGGCUCUCUGAUUGGGAGGACCGCCUGGGGGACCGCAUCAAGUCCGCCUCUGCCCGCCACGUCAAUGAGCGCGCCAAGCUCCUGCUGGAGCGCGAGCUCCUGCAAAAGCAACUGCAGGAGGCUCGUGAUCGGGAGGCGGCAGCGCUUCAACGGGAGGGAGCGGCCACCCGGCAGGAAGCGGAAGCCCUUAGGCGGCAAAUCGCGGCGGAGGAGAGGAUGCUGGCGGCAACAGACAAGGAGCGGUUCGCCCUGGAGUUGGCCGACCAGGCCAAGAAGGCGGCGGCAGUGGUCGAGGCGCAAGAGGCCUCCAUCGCAGCGCUGGCGGCAGCCGCAGCGAAGAAAGAAGAGUGGCUAGCCGCCCGCGAAGCGGAGGAGGUGGCCCGGCUCCAAGAGCGGGAGGCGGUCCUCCGGGAGAGGGAGGCCAAGUGCUGCAAGUGCCGCGGACCUCCAUCUGACGCCAGCUUCGACUGCCCCAGCCCCCGGGUCCUCGACCCGGGAGGAAUCAUCAAGUGCUGGGCCAGUCGCCGCUGCAUCGGCCCCGAGGCAUAUGCCCCCGAAGGGUCAGGGCCCGUGGAGCCAGUCCCUGGGACAGACACAAGGCUGCCCGACCUGCUGCCUCCCGAGCUCCAACAAGUCGAGGCCGUGGCCAGUGGCGAGAAGCAGGUCGAGGCCCAUGGCGCCGCUCCAACGGAUGGCGCAGGUGCGCAGCAUCUGACAACUGAAGAAGUCGUGGGCACCUCUGGGAGACCCGAUGAGCCGCAGCUGGCUGAGUCAGGCUAUCAGGAUGCCGUCGCCGCCGACCUGGCAGGUGACCAGCUGUUGUCAGACGGCAACAUAGAGAUCCUCAAGAAUGCGCAUGACCUUGCCAUGAGUAUGAUCGCUCACUCCCGGAAGCAAGCAGAGGAAUUUAAGGCCAUUGCCUGCGACCGCAAGGAACUUGCUGUCCUGAGGAGGCGCCUUGACAAUAAAGAGACGGAGAACGUGCAUCUCAGGGAGGUCAACGCCGAGCUCCAGCAACAACUUGAGGAGUAG